AUGAAACAUUUCGUGACGGCUCUUCUCUUUGUUGGCUGUGCCAUCGCUCAACGAACCACUCCAGCCGCCUGCCCAACUGGAUGGUACCAAAAUGGAAACAUGUGCUAUACGACAAAAACGAACACCGCAAACACGUGGAGCAUGGCGGAAGCCGAUUGUGCGAAUGAUGGUGGACAUCUUGCCUCAAUUCAUGACAAUGCGACAGGCAAUUAUUUGGUUGAUUUCAUCUGGCAACACGGAAUCGCGUCGGCCGCUUGGAUUGGCCUCCGCACCGAUCCAAAUGGAAAUUUCACCAACUGGAGCGAUGGAUCGAGAAUUGACUACAAGAAUUUUGGCCCUGGCCAAGACCCGCCACCAGUCUGCUACGCGAUCUCGGUCUCCCGCUCCUACUACCCGGGGAAAUGGCUCUCAAUGCCGUGUGACUCUCAUUUCCGUGCGAUCUGCGAGCGUCCACUUGGCGGAUAUACGACACCCAGACCAGCCCCGACUUGCGGAAAUUCGACUUUCUUUGGAAAUGAUGGAAAUAUCUACUCACCCGAUUACCCGAACGACUUCUCGGCCCAAGAAAGCUGCAACUACAAGAUCAGCGUCUUCAACAACUAUGCCAACAUCGAAGUGCCGCCAAUUAUGGCUUUGCUCUCUUGGUCGAUCACUGUUUACAAUGGACUCGACAGGGAUAACACUCAACAAAUCUUCUACGAUAGCUCGAAUGGUAAUCAACCAAGAAAUUACACUGUUGGAUUGUCUGCUUCAUCGCCACAGCUAUUAGUCGUUUUCUACUCGACUCAGGACAACUCCGUUCGGCCAUUCAAGUUGCACUAUACGGGAACGGAUCAACCUGUCUACACCACGGUCACCACUCCAAGGCCA